CAGACUGUCAUUCACGCCGCCCCAUCACAGAGGCGCCCUGUACGUCUCUGCGCUCCGUACACCACCAAUCAUAACAAUAGGAGGGUGACGGACAACGCUGGGUUAGGUUGUCUACUGUCUGAUUGGGAAAUAAAAAUAAAAAAAAACCACACAGUGCUGCUGAGAGUCGGAAGUUUUACGGAGGGGCUGGGGACGGAGACACAAAUACAACUGAAUCGGACGCGACAUUUAUUGCACUGUGGUUAUUCCCCUGUCGAGGUGGUGGCUACAAGCUAACGUUAGUGAAGACAGUCCGCGAGCAAACCACCAACCAAGUGCCGUGGAGAAGUCGGGGGCUGAGAUAGUGGAAAGAAGUGUUGGUGGUGUUUCUUCGACAAUAGUCUGACAAAGGGGCAGUCAAGACACAUCGUGGCUACUAUUAGCGAGACGAAGCCACAGACCGUGUUCAGCACCGGGUAGCGUCCCAUAUGCUUGGUGGUGUGUAUCAUACCUUGUUGGACUCGGUUUUUUUUAAGCGUCUGCUAAAUGUCUGUAGACUGUCGGGUGCAGCAACGCCUGCAUGUAUGUAUGCUAGCUAGUUAGCCACAGUAGCUAGCGCGUUGAUAUCAUUACAUUUGACUCUGUUAGCCAGCAGCGUUGAGCUCGUUUCAACGUCGAAACUAAAACAAACAAAAAAAAAACAAACAUUUUGUCUUAUUCUUGAGACACCGCUGUUAACUAACCGUGCGAACUAGUGGAAAAAAAAGAGCAACAUUUCCUCUGAUAGCUACGCCUUGCUGUGUCAUGUCAUUCAAGUUGUAAGUGAAGUCUUUUCGGAAGAGUAUGCAGGACAAGAAACGAUUUGGGAUAAGUAUAUAGCAAAAAAGGGGACAGUGAAAUCGUACAUUGAUUGAUUGAAGUUCAUAUCGGCUACCCCUCAAAAAAAAAGACUGCAUUUGGAGGUUAAAAGGAAGCCAGAAUGAAGAAGUUCUCCCGAAUGCCGAAGUCUGAGAGUGGCGGGCUGGGAGGGGGGUCCGGCUCCGGACUCAGCAACUACUUCGGGAAAGUGUUCGGCGUGGGCCGGUUUCAAGUCACCGUGGAAGAACUCAUAGCUGAAGGCGGUUUCUCUGUGGUGUUCCUGGCCCGGACACACAGUGGCAUGCGCUGCGCUCUCAAGAGGAUGUACGUCAACAACGUCCCUGACCUCAACAUCUACAAGAGAGAGAUCACUAUUAUGAAAGAGCUGUCAGGUCAUAAGAACAUAGUGAACUACCUGGACUCUACCAUCAACUCCGUAGGGGACAGUGUCUGGGAGGUCCUUAUCCUCAUGGAGUACUGUAAAGCUGGUCAGGUAGUGAAGCAGAUGAACCAGCGUCUCCAUAUAGGGUUUACGGAGCCGGAGGUGUUGACCAUCUUCACUGAUACCUGUGAGGCUGUGGCCAGGCUGCAUCAGUGUAGAACCCCUGUCAUACACAGGGACCUCAAGGUAGAGAACAUCCUCCUGAGUGAUAAUGGGAGUUAUGUUCUGUGUGAUUUUGGAAGUGCUACUCACAAGGUGCUGCUCCCACACAAGGACGGAGUGACCGCCGUGGAGGACGAAAUCAAGAAGUACACGACCCUGUCUUAUCGAGCUCCAGAGAUGAUUAACGUGUACGCAGGGAAGGCCAUUACCACCAAGGCUGAUAUAUGGGCUCUUGGUUGCUUGUUGUACAAGCUGUGUUUCUUCUCGCUCCCGUUCGGGGAGAGUCAAGUCGCCAUAUGUGAUGGAACCUUUGUCGUUCCCGACAAUUCCAAAUUCUCCUUCAAGUUGCACUGCUUAAUCAGAUACAUGCUUGAGCCUGACCAUGAGAAGAGACCAGACAUCUAUCAAGUCUCCUACUUUGCCUUCAAGUUAGCUGGAAAGGAGUGUCCAGUGCCAAAUCUCUUUAGCUCCCCUCUCCCUACGUCACUCCCUGAGCCACUCACAGCCAGCGAGGUUGCUGCUAGGAAGAGCAUGACGAAAGCCAGAAUCACAGAGUCCGCGGGCCCGACGGCAACUUCCAUCGCUCCGAGACAGAGACCCAAGGCUGCCAACAGUAAUGUGAUACCCAUCCCUGUAGCCAACACAGCUGUCACCCCUAUAGCUGUGCCCACCGCCACCACUCCCAUCACCGCCACACCCAUCGCCGCCACGCCCAUCACCGCCACACCCAUCGCCGCCACGCCCAUCACCCCUACAGCUGUGCCUUCUGUAGCCGUCAGCAAUGGGCAGAAAGCUCCAACACCUGGUAACAGCCAGCCGGUUGCUCCACAGCCCCAGACAGCCAACAGGGUCCUCCAACAGCUGCAGCCUGGAGACCUGCGUCUGCAACAACAUCUCCAUCCUGUCCAUCCACAGCAGCUCCAAUACCUUCAGUACCAGCAGGCCCUUCAGCAGCAGAUGAUGAUACAGCCCAUGUAUCAGCAACAACAGGCACAGGCACAGGCACAGGCACAGGCCCACUACGUAGCAAUGAUGCACCAGUACCACCAGGCCUUUGCACAGCAACAGCAACUACAACUCCAUCAACAACAACAACAACAACUACUACUACAACAACAGCUACAACAUCAACAGCAUUCCACCCAGCAGCCCACUGUGGCCUCCCCGCUAGAGUUCCAACAUCCUUUGGGCUCUUUUAACCCGGCUGGAUCUGGGGUCAGCCCUGGGGUCGUGGCAAUCGGUGCUGGAAAUGUGACACCUUCCCCUGUUGAGGCUCUAUACACCAGUAGAAACCCUCUGGUGGACCUAAAGGUGACCACCCCUCCCUCCCGGACCCAACCCCAGACCCUGGUCACCCCCCAGAGCCACCCUCCUGACAUGUCCCGCUGGAACCCCUUCGGAGAGGACAACUUCUCCAAACUAACGGAGGAGGAACUUCUGGACCGCGAGUUCGACCUCCUCAGAGCAAGUAAACCCGUGGAGAGAACCACUAGCAUGGAGGCAGACCGACCGCUGCAGCCAAUCACCUCCGCCGCAACCACCAAGCCCCUCCUCCCUGAAUACCUGUUUGGCUCCACCCCCUUCCUGGCUAGCGCAGGUUCUAGUGUGAUGACAGAUCAGCCGAUUGAAGAGCUCAGUAUCCCAGCCGCUGCUCCUGUCCCUGUGGGCCAGCCAGCCCUUGAGGAACAGCUACAGCAACCUCCUGCCAAGGAGCACAAACCAAGCAGGAGGAGAAACCCCUCUGACAGCGGCUCACAGACGACCCGCAAACCACCGGGCGGCGAAUCUGACAGCGACUUCGAGUCGGACCCUCCUUCCCCUAAGAGCAGCGAGGAGGAAGACGAGCCGGAGGAGGACGAAGGGCUGAACAGCGAGCAAGAGCAUGGAGAAUUCUUCAACGAACUGGAAAAUGUGGAGGAAAUGGAGACGCUGGGCCAGAGACCUCUGUUAAUGGACUCGGAGGACGAGGAGGAUUACGACAAACACAGCUCCGACUCGGACUACGAGCCCAGGAAAGCUAAGGGAGGACGCUCAAAGGGGCUCCCAGGAGGUAAAGGAGGGGCAGUGGCUGCUGCAGCUACUGUCUCCCAUGAGGGAGGUCCGAGCGGGGAGUCUGAGGCCACCCUGAUCAUGAUCACACCUUCUGAGUCGCCCGGUGUGGCUGCUGUUAGAGCUCCCCCUAGUGGCGGUGGAAUCAAGGACAUAUUUGGUGCCGAUGUGUUUUGCGCGGUGCCUUUCUUUCCCCCCGUGGCAUCCCCCACAGAAAGAGCAGACAUCUUCUCCGCGGCUCCCUUCAGGCAGGUGAGCCAGGAGGCCGUGGCCAGCCAAGCCACGGAGGAGUUUGAUGUCUUUACAAAAGCUCCGUUCAGCCGGAACCUCUCGAAAUCUGGCAAGACCGGAAGCAGCGAUAUCUCUAUGGGUCAGAACCCGCCGGUGUCCCCUGAGAUUAUCGACCCGUUCGGCUUCUCCCCCUUCCAGCCCGGCCCCACGGCCCCGCCACCAACCACCUCCAGGAGCGCCGAGGACAUCUUCCAUCCAGCCUUCGACGAUUUGACCAGUCCCCAGCAGCAGAGGCUAAAGCAGCGCAGCCUCCAAAAGCUGUCUUCGCGGCAGAGGAAGCUCUCUGGCAGCACCGACGGCGGCGGCAACGGCAAGCGCCACCACGGUACGCCUACCGGCGGCCGCAAGAGCAACAAGCCCAGCUUCCGAACCCCCGAGCGCGUCCGCCGGCACAAGAGGGUCGGCAGGAGGGACUCCCAGAGCUCCAACGAGUUCCUCAGCACCUCAGACUCCAAGGAGAACAUCAGCGUCGGCAGCGUAACGAUGACCGACAAAGACAAAGGGUCUUCCCUACCUAGCCUUCCUAGUGAGGUCGACGCCAUCUUGGACCCAUUUGGUGCCAAACCUUUCGGGCCUCAAGAUGGCAGCCGACUCAACCAGGGCCAAGGUCUAAUGGACGGCAAGACAGACAUAGUUUCGGCCAAUGGCAGGCCUCAGACCAGCUCCCUCCACGGGGCGCUGGGGGUUGGGAACAUCAUGGAUGACUUUGGGGCGGUGCCCUUCACAGGACUGGUGGUUGGACAGCAGCCGUCUCAGCUCGUGGAGUUGGAUCCUUUUGGAGCUGCUCCUUUCCCCUCCAAACAGUGAAUGUCUCACUCGUCUUCCCGCCACAAACACACUCGUGCUCGUCUUUCUCAAUCACGUCGCGGUGUUACGCCAAGCCUAUGCAGUCCCCAGGGGGGUAAAUUCCCAUCCAAAGGAUGGCAGCUAGAUCGGUGGUGUGGUAGUUGAUUAUCUUUUCAGCCAAAUGAAACUACCAGCAAUGGCUCUAACGACUCUCUUAAGUGUUUCCAAUGCUUUUUUUUUUUCCUUCUCAAAAAUAUUUUUAACACGCUAGUAACUGGAUAUUGAGAUGAACAAAACCAACGUAAACCUGUGGAGUAUGGAUGAUUUAUUUCAGGUUCGGUAUGCAUCUACUUCUGCCUGUACCUGUUUUCCAACAAGCCUUUUAUGCUGCAUCGCAUCGAGACAUUUUAACAGGAUUGGCGAUUGAUACCGUUUUCACUCAAGAUCACACUGUGACAAACAACAAGCUCGCUCAGUGUUCCGACUGGUUGAGUUGCUGCAAAAAAAAAAAAAAACUUUUAUGUGUAGAUAUAGUGGCCUCCUUCAAGAUCUACCAAUAAGAUUUGAUUAAUUUAGCACCAUAAAGCCUUAUAUGGGCAUGGCUCUGCCCUACUGCACAGUACCUCAGAAACCAUUGGCUAAGCAAAUGACACAAAAGGGCAACGUUAGCCAAGUCGUUUCAGAGUAGGCAUUUACCACUAUUAUUUCACCCUACAUAGACCUUUUUCUAUGCAUAUUUUUACAUCUCGAGUCGACUUAGACACAGCGAUAAAUGUUUUUGGUUUUGUAAUUUUUUUAUUGCAUUUAAUACUAGAACGAAAGGGAUUUUGGUUCUGUUUUAAAGAUGGCUUUUUUUUUUCUUCGUGAUUUAAGACCGUUUCAAUUCAAUGUUAGGUUUGUUUCUAUACUUUUAGCAUUACAACUGUGUCAGUAAAUUAAAUUCUGUUCUAUUUUUAAAAAGUGAUGUUAUUUUACCUUAACACACUUUUUGAAUGAGAGGAAGAACACAACUGUUCUCCUACGUGGUGACACGGAAUCUACCGAUAUCUGACUACUUCCACCUCUUCUUAGUCCCGAAACAGACUCUCUCGUCGAUUUGGUAACACAAGCCAUGCAUUCAUAAAGGGAAAAUGAGUCUAAAGAGGUACAACUUAUUAGAAUCAGUUCGUGUUCAAAUUAAAUGCACUUUCAGCAUCAA